AUGAUUCUGCCUACGUUGGAUAUCAUUGAUAUGUUUCACGAUCGUGUACGACUGUUAGAGGCUUCACCCACCAGUGCCGCUGAAGAUAUUAUGAAGACCUACGGUUCACAACGAGUUUUUAAAUAUCGCUUAAUUCCGUUGAGGGAUAAGCUCACCAAUAUCAUUCGAUACAAUCGACCUGUUGUUGUCGAGGGACCUUAUCCUGAUAUUUUCCCUGCAGCCGAGACAGAAUUCUCAGCUCACAAGUAUCCUUUCGACACGCUUCCUCCUCUCUACUCACAUGUUUUACCUCAUUUCGUGAUUGCCAACGCAGUAGAAAAGCUGUAUGGCAUGGAGUCAAUCCCAACGCACGUCAGGGAUGCCAUCGUUGAUGUGUUGGGCGUUGACGGGAAACGCGCCGUUCAAAUUAUCAAAGACAUUCAGAGGAUAUACGGCUCAUGGGUCGAUACAAAGGUUCCUGUACAUUUUGCGCCAGACAUGCCACAACCGCUCCCAACGUCCAAACCUGAGUCGUCGACGUCUCGUCCAACAAAGAGGCCGCGAACGGAGAUUGGAUUGUGA